AAGGGCUGCCCGCGGCCAGUCCCUCCCCCUGCCGGGCCGGCCCCUCCCGCCGCUGCGCUGAAGGAGGGCGGGGCGGGCGGGCCCCGGGCCCCCCUCGGGUCAGUCUCAGCCUCCGGCACCGGCCGCGCAGCUGGAGCCGGCGCAGCGGAAGCCUCAGCCAUGGCUGCAAUCCGAAAGAAGUUGGUGAUUGUGGGGGAUGGGGCCUGUGGGAAGACCUGCCUCCUCAUCGUCUUCAGCAAGGAUCAGUUCCCAGAAGUCUAUGUCCCUACUGUCUUUGAGAACUACAUCGCAGACAUAGAGGUGGAUGGCAAGCAGGUGGAGCUGGCUCUGUGGGACACAGCAGGACAGGAAGACUAUGAUCGCCUACGGCCUCUCUCCUACCCGGACACUGAUGUCAUCCUCAUGUGCUUCUCCAUCGACAGCCCCGACAGCCUGGAAAACAUUCCUGAGAAGUGGACCCCAGAGGUGAAGCACUUCUGCCCCAACGUGCCCAUCAUCCUAGUGGGGAAUAAGAAGGACCUGAGGCACGAUGAGCAUACCAGGAGAGAGCUGGCGAAGAUGAAGCAGGAGCCAGUACGAUCCGAAGAUGGCCGGGAUAUGGCCAACAGGAUCAGCGCCUUCGGCUACCUGGAGUGCUCAGCCAAGACCAAGGAGGGGGUCCGGGAGGUAUUUGAGAUGGCCACUCGGGCUGGCCUCCAGGUCCGCAAGAACAAGCGCCGGAGGGGCUGUCCCAUUCUCUGAGAUUCCCCAAGGCCUCUCCUGCUGCACCCCCCUGUUCAGAGGUGCAGAAACGGCUCCCCUUCCCAGGGCUCCAUGCUGAAGGCUCCCUUUUUCAGUUCCCUAUGGCCCAGGACUGCAUUGCAUUUCCCUGCCAACGCCCCCCAACAUACCCCAUCCCACCCCCACCUCCACCUCCCAGCCCCCUGGGAACCUAGGGCAGUGCCCUGCCCUCCCAGAGCAGAGUCCUCCCUCCUGCUGCCUUGGCUCAGGGGUGGGGCUUUUGAUCCCUUUGGCCUUCCUGAGAGAGGAUCAUCACACCAGCACUUUAUACACUUCUGGCUCACAGGACACUGUCUAGGGUAGGGGACUUGAAGGGUGUAACUCAAAAAGAGUCCCAGGCCCCUGGUGUUUCUGCUUUGGGCUGGUGUCUUGUCUCUGGCUAUACUUUAGUGGGGGGCAUGAAUAAAGGCCACAGGCUUCAACACA